CAGGCCUUGAAAGAAUACCGGAAGCUCUGUGAUGAGGAAGAAGUAGUUAGCAAGCUAAGCUUAAGAGUUUUAUUUUGUAAAAGUUGUAUAUUUGUUGUUAUUAAGACUACAUAACUAAAUCUUAACAAUGUCGGGAUCAUCCAGCAUCGUAGCGAUGAAGAAAGUCGUCCAACAGUUGCGUCUGGAGGCUGGCAUCAACAGAGUUAAGGUGUCCCAGGCCGCUGCGGACCUGCAGCAGUACUGCCUGCAGAACGCCCAGCAGGACCCUCUGCUCACCGGCAUGUCGUCCAGCAACAACCCGUUCAGACCGCAGAAAGUCUGCUCCUUCCUAUAGCACCCACACACACCGACACAUCGGGAGACCCCUCUGAUAUUUGGACAUUGUGGUGCCUUGUUGGACGUGUGCUGCAGGACCUGCGCUGUGGACUGGAAUCGUUCGGGAAUUUGGGGAUAAGCAACUAACCUAACAGUUUUUUACUUUUGCCUUUUGUAAAAUCUCAUAAGGAAACAUUUCCAGGUGCUGAUGUGGCACAAUGAAAAGUCUUAACCUCCUUGCUUGGAAGUAACUAACCCAUAUGUGCCUUUUCAAUUGUACAUUUUUCAUGUCUGAUUUUGAGAAUAAAUAAAUGGUAUUUACACAUUUUAAA